AUUGUUUUCUUUCAGUAUUUCACUUCUCUUCUCCAUACCUAGGAGAUGAAUAGUUUCGUGUUCUUUGUUAUAUUUUUAUUGACGUCUAUUAAUUGUUGUCGGUUUUGAUCGUCUAUUUUCAUUGUGUGGGUCAAGGUUCAAUUGACUUCUUCGAAUUUGUAACAAUUGAAAAUACUAUCAAGAAAAUAAAAAAGUACAAUAACGUCUAAACAUGAAUCCGAAGCCAAAUAAACCUCAUACCAAGACGCCCAAGAACAAAUGGGAAAGGAGGAAGAGUACAAGGCGAGCCAGUGCCAAUUCUACGAAAGAAAAAACUACCGAUGAGGCUGAGAAUUCAGUAGAUGAUGACCUGGAUGCGUACCUGGACCCUUCCGAAUCGAACGAAGACAGGUCUGUUGGAAACCGAUCUACAGAAAGUGUCUCUGAUGUUAAGCCAAUUGAGAUAACCGAACCGAGCGGCAGCCAAACUGUAGGUACUGGAAGUCCAAUUCUGUUACAAGCCUUGACCAGACCCACAUCAACGCCACCGUCUGGAAAAAAGGAUGAUCAUAAAGGUGUGAUAGUAUGUUCUCCAUCCAAAAAUAUCGGUGCCUCUACUAGUGGGACGGCAGUGCCUGGGAAUACUGAAUCCUUGAAGAUAUGCAUCUCUAAUGAUGACAGACCUACCUCUUCUUGUUCUUUAACUCGCGUGACUCGCCAAGUGAUCUUUUCAUCAUCAGAUACCCCUGUACCCCCUGAAUCUACAGGAAAUGUUAACAAAAUUGAAGGAACCGCUACUGCAACUCCAUCUAAUGCUGUAAGCGUGCUGACACCGCUUACAAAGGAAUCUGAAAAUACUAAUACUGCCGAUACACAAACGACAUACACAGGUCCAGAAGAUACCACCCAACGAAAGCAUUCUUGUUUCGCUGAGAGGAUGAGAACUUGUGAUCGAUACGAACAUAUGGGCAUUAAUUUGGCUGAGAAAUUCAGAAUAAUCCGAUGUGAACAACAAAAAUUUUACGCAGAGGCUCUUAUCCAUCAGAUACUGGCGCAGGCAUUGGCUGGUAACCUUACCAUAAACACUACAGUAAGAGAUGAUGAUGAGGAAGAGAAGAAAAAGAGAGAAAAAAAGUAAAACACGGUACAGUCAUACAUAACAACUAGUAGUACAAAAGUGAUUCACAGAUCAUCCACUAUUUUUAGGAGCUAAAUGUCAUGGGAUAUGGCUUGUAGCUAGCUACAGCUCUAUUUUUAAAUGCAUCACUUCAUUUUCAUAUAAUAUAUACUUAUUUUUGUUGUUUUAAUUUCAUUCUUGCUGGUUUCUACUGACAUUAUAACAUUUGUUAUUUAAUAUCUGUAAUUCAGUUUUACCAUAUUGAUAUUCGCUUUUCAAAUUCAACAUUUUUACCCUUAAUAUAUGAUUGUACUAGAAAAUGUGCAUGAUAUGGGAUAGCCUUUAUUACAUGUUUGUAUUGUGUUGUUUUCGGCACUGAAUAUAUUUUUUACUCAUACUGAAA